ACCCCCUAGCCGGCGUAGACCGGUCCCCGCCCAGCCUGCUUCCGCCGGGGAUGAAGAGCGUUGGGGUUGGCUCCGGUCCUGUGGACCUCACGCGCGUCCGUGGAGCCCCCUGUCUUCUUCCAAGAGCCCCUCCCGCCGCUCUCAGCUUGGCUGCCUGCUCUUCCAUUGUCCUCGAGGCCGUGGGCGCCCAGAAGCGCGUGCGAGCCCUCUGCUGAUGCCGAGGCUGCUGUUGCGCCCCUGUCACACGGUGCGUCCCCCACCCCAUGGAGCCGCCCGCCGGGGCCACUGCCAUCAAAAAGGAUCCAGAGGACAGAGACGAAGACCCCGGCAGCCCCAAUGACUCAGCGCCCGCCGCGGACCACCGGUCCAGGACUUCGUCCCCGCAGAAAGUGGGGCCUGCGCUACAAGAUUGGGACACUGUAGCCACCGUGGGCACUGGGACCUUUGGUCGUGUGAACCUGGUGAAGGAGAAGACAGGUAGGCGAUACUAUGCCUUGAAGAUUAUGAGCAUCCCAGAUGUCAUUCGCCUGAAACAGGAACAGCAUGUGCAGAAUGAGAAAGCAGUCCUGAAGGAAAUCAACCAUCCCUUCCUCAUUAAGCUGUUCUGGACAGGCCAUGACAACCGUUUUCUUUACAUGCUGAUGGAGUUUGUGCCUGGCGGUGAACUAUUCACCUACCUGCGGAACCGUGGUCGCUUCUCCUCGGUUGCUGGAAUCUUCUACUCCACAGAGAUCGUGUGUGCCAUUGAAUACCUGCACUCCAAGGAGAUCGUGUACAGGGACUUGAAGCCUGAAAACAUCCUUCUAGAUCGGGAAGGACAUAUCAAACUCACUGACUUUGGCUUUGCCAAGAAACUGGUGGAUCGGACAUGGACCCUCUGUGGGACCCCAGAAUACCUCGCUCCAGAAGUCAUUCAGAGCAAAGGUCAUGGGAGAGCCGUGGACUGGUGGGCACUGGGCAUCCUUAUAUUCGAGAUGCUGUCUGGGUUUCCCCCAUUUUUCGAUGACAACCCAUUUGGGAUUUACCAGAAAAUUCUUGCAUGCAAAAUAGAUUUUCCCAGACACUUGGAUUUCACCUCUAAGGACCUCAUCAAGAAGCUGCUUGUGGUGGACAGGACACGGCGCCUAGGCAACAUGAAGAAUGGAGCAGAAGACAUCAAGCGGCAUCGGUGGUUCCGGGGUGUAGACUGGGAGUCAGUGCCACAGAGGAAACUGAAGCCACCCAUUGUGCCUAAGUUAUCAGGUGAUGGCGACACCUCCAACUUUGAGACUUACCCAGAGAGUGAGUGGGACAAAGCUCCUUCGGUAUCCGACAAAGAACUAGAAACAUUCAAAAAUUUCUGAGAACAAGAACCCACAUCUGCAAGGUGAAACUUUUGAGCUUGAAGAAUUCCAUGCAGCACCGAGGACCAGAACCUAUUUUGUUAUUUGUUUUGUUUUGUUUUUGCUGUGAAACUAGAAGGACGUGGUGUUUGUAUCCAUAGUUCCUGCAAGGAUAACGGGAUUGAUGCUGUUAGGACCUCAUUUAGACAACUGGAAACAUGCCCAGUGGGAAGUAUGCAAAAACUGUUGAGUUGUAGAUUUUUUUUUCUUUAUUUGUGAGUCUUGUGUUUGUGCUGUGGAUUUAGUUUUUGUUUGUUUGAUUGUUUCUCUACUGAACUUUGUAAGUUUGAAUUUGACCCAUUUGAUUAUAGCUGUCAGUGUGUCAGAAGCUGUGCAAACUGGACAUGUUGCUACUUUGAUGUGCCUGUGACAUGUUCAUUUUUCAAGGCUUUCUGAAAAAUGUUUCCCUGCAGGCAAAAAAAAAAAAAAACAGGUGUGGUAUAUGCAUUUUAAAAAUGCCUUUCUAUGCAUUUUUCAGUCAUUUGUUUAUUUAGUUGUUGUUUGUAUAUUUAGUUCCUCUCUGGUCACUUUAGACUUAGAAAGCCACAUGUCCAGCAGACCCUCAUUCAGAUAUGGCACAAAUGAGUGGCUUUCCCCGAAUCUUUCAGUUUAGACAUUUUCAGUAAAAUAUCCCUUCUACUAAUAGGCUAGGGUCAGAUGGUAGGGGAGGAGGACAUCCCCUAUCAGUGGACUAGGGGAGGGGCAUAGGGGGAGAAAAAGGAUGGGCGUGGGAUUGGGAGGGGAAGAGGGAGGGGGCUACAGCUGGGUGAAUAAACUAUAAUUAAUAUAAAAAAUUUUUAAAAAUCCUUUCUAAAAGUAAAGCCAGAACUCUGCAUACAGCAUUAGCCGCAUGGCAGCCUGGGUGCAAAGAUUGCCUUUUUAUGAUAAUACAAAAUGAUCCACAUCCCCAAAAGAAAACUUUAAGGAUCCAUCCCUCAACCUCCUCCCCUCCUCUGUUGUAAAUGACCUUUUCUUCCCACCAAACUCAGCUCUGUUCUCCCAGCCAUGUUCAUACGUGAAAACUCAGGUUUCAGGCUGGGAAUGUUUAUGAAAGUUUGUAUAGAGCUGUGUUUUUCGUGAGCUUUCUUAGCCCUUUCCAAUAUGCAAAAUAACUGGGUUAUGUACCUCAAACAAACACACACUGGAGAUAGAAUUCAGAAUUAUAAUCAAGUCCUGUGCAUAGAUGUUUGCUAUUAAGUAGGAAAUAAUGUAAAAUUAGCAUAGGAAACAUUGCCUUAAUUCUAAACACACAUGGGGAGAUCACAUGCACACAUGUAUUCACUGCAUGCUCCUAAAACACUUUGCAAGCUGACUCCAAUCCUAAAACUCCAAUUAAAAACCCUUGAUUGGGCUGUAAAUUAUACCAUGUGAUGUCAAUGAAUGACAUCAGGCAGCACAUAGGAGUAGUAUUUUUUAUUUAAUAUUUUUAUUUGUAAUUAUGUGUGUCCAGGUGGCUGCAGUACACACCAGGGCCAACAAGCACACCAGAGAUCCUGCAGCUGGACUUUUUAGUUGUUUGUGCUGCUCUUUGGAUGCUGGGAAUUCAAUCUGAGUCCUCUGCAGUCCACAUAUUUAACAUGAGAAAAUAUAUUCAAUUUGGAAGGGGUAGUGGGGCAGAAACAACCAGGAAAAGGGAUGAGGGAAGUGUGUCCUGUUCCUGACUCUGAAUCUAGUGAGAACUGUGUACCCAGGACCUUCUCAUGAAGCAACGGGACAGUUGGUAAACUGCAAAUUCCUCAGGUGGUGGUUUGAUUCAAACCAAGCACAAAAGAUAAAGUGAUCAGUAACCAAUACUAAUUUAAAAGCAAAUAUCCAUGCUCUGAUUUUUUUUUAAUGUUUAGUAGAGAUAAAGUACUAAGUGCUGUGGAAUGGUGCUUGCCUCACCUACUUAGCUGUUACAUGUUAAACUGUAAAGUGUGAUUUCAUGGCUAAAUACUGUUCACAGGACCCUCAGGCUCUGCAAAUAUCUCAGUAUCGGACCAAAACAUAUCAGUCACCACCCUGUUGUUUGGUAAACCAUAGGCAAGAUUCAGCAUUGAUGUUAGGGUGAAAAACUGCAGACAGGGUCUGUCACUCCUGGCUAUAGAUUUGCAACAUGUUGAUUUCCUGGGAUUAUUUGUUUCUUUUUGUUAUUAUUGUUAUUUUUGAUGAAACUCCAUAGGGAACACUUCAUGAACGUCUGACACCUGUCUUUCUUAUUUCUCACACACACUGCAAACCACCUGAAAAUGAUGAUGCAAAGUCAAGGUUUAUUUGUGUGUGGGGUUCCCCCAUCAGCUUGUGAGGGGGGGUCCCCAUCAGAGUGUGUGUAUCUGGGUCCCCCCCCUCGCCGUCAGGUUGUGUGUGUGUGUCCCAUCAGUUUGUGUGGGCAGUUCUUCCUGCAACCAUUACAUGUUCCCAUCAAAUCUGCCUUGAAAACCUCACAGCCUUGCAUCCAACCGCACACUGUCAUAGGGCUCGGGGGUGGGGGGUGAGGGCUUGCUCCAGUUGGUUAUGUAAUAGACAUCAUUAUUUGUCUGACUUACGGGAAGUGAGCAGGAGCCUCUUCAGCCCUCCUGACCCUCACAGGUGAGACUCAGCUCCCCUUGGCGACCUCCUUCAGUACUUCUCAGAGUUUGGGAACACACCACGUGAUCUCCUGCUCUAACAAGUGUGUCACAUGCACUGUGCAGGUUGCACCCCCUGCUGCCAAGCACCUGUCAGCUCACCUGAAAUAAUCGUGUGUAAUGAAAAAGCCUGUUUUUUUCUUACUUUCUAAUCCUGUUGCAUUAUUACAAAAAAUCACUGUGAUAUGUGUAUAUAUCUAUAUCUCCAUAUACAUUUGCCCCAGGAAAAAAUUUUCUGCUGUCUAACUUAUAAAAUAAUACUAUUGACUCCAAGUUUGUUUAAUAAAAGUUUGUAUGUUUUAAGAAA